AUGUCAACUUUUAUUAAUGACAAUGUCAUAACAUUUAAAAAGCAUUUUUAUCUCUUACCAAAACAUAACCUGUGUUGCACAUACAAAACUAUCGUUCCUAGAGUGAGAUUUGCACCUAGUCCAACAGGAUAUUUGCAUUUAGGUGGCUUAAGAACAGCUCUUUAUAAUUAUUUGUUUACUAAAUCACGUCAAGGUGUUUUUAUUUUACGAAUUGAAGACACAGAUCAAACUCGAAAAGUAGAAGGUUCUGUGGAAGCCUUAAUAAACGAUUUAGAAUGGGCAGGAAUAGAAUAUAAUGAAGGACCAGGAAAAGGUGGCCAGUCUGGUCCAUAUAUACAGAGUGAACGAUUGAAUAUUUAUCAAGAAUACAUACAAAAACUUUUAGAUAAUGGAUCUGCAUAUAAAUGCUUUUGUACAGAGAGACGUCUAAACAUUCUUCGUAGAGAUGCCAUAAGGCAUCAAAGGAUACCAAAGUAUGAUAAUAAAUGUCGUAGCUUGUCUAAUUCUUUUAUCAAAGAAAAAAUUAAAGCUGGUACCCCAUAUUGUAUAAGAUUUAAGUUAUCAUCGGAUUGCCAAUCAUUUGAAGACUUAAUAUUUGGUGGCAUAGCAUAUGAUGUGUCUUUAAAUGAAGGCGAUCCAGUGCUGAUGAAAGGUGACGGCUAUCCAACAUAUCACUUUGCAAAUGUAGUUGAUGACCACUUAAUGGGAAUUACUCAUGUGUUGAGAGGAGUGGAAUGGCAAAUAUCUACUACUAAACAUUUGUUGAUAUAUAGGGCAUUUGGAUGGACACCACCGGAGUUUGGACAUUUGCCUCUCAUAGUGAAUGCUGACGGUACAAAACUCAGUAAACGACAAAGUGAUGUGAAAGUCGAGGACUAUAGGACUAAGGGUAUAUAUCCACUGGCUUUGGUCAACUAUAUAACCCUCUCUGGGGGAGGAUUCGAUCAUGUUGUAGGGGAGGGUAUAAGAUUUAAGACAAUGGAGGAAUUAGCUAAGGAGUUCCAAAUAAACAAAAUAUCUUCACAUCCAAGCAGACUUAACACAGAUUUACUUGAAGAGUGCAACCGUUUGGAAAUCAAACGUCACCUACAAGACCAAAAAUUAUUAGAUUCAUUAAUAAUAAAACUUCAAAGUUUAAUAAAAGAAAAAUAUCCGGAACAAAAUCUAAACAUGAACAAAGAACAUGUGAAAAGUGUUCUCAAUUGGGCAACAUCAAGAAUAUCGCGAAUCGAAGAGCUGGCAACACCAAAAUACGCUUUCCUUUGGAUUUUACCUUCACAUAAAAAUAUCGAAAUAAAUAAGCACUUAUUCGAAAAAUUAAUCAAUAAUUUAGAAGAAUUGGACAAAUUUGAACAGGACUCGAUAAAAGAUAAUUUAAAACACUUUUCAGUACAAAAUGAUGUUAAGUUUCCUGUGUUAAUGAAAAUGCUGCGUUCUGUUUUAAGUGGCAUGAAUGAAGGGCCGAGUGUAGCUGAAAUGAUGCAACUCUUAGGUAAAUAUCAAUCUUUAGAAAGAAUAAAAGCUGUUAUAAGG